UUUCUAGCUUGAUUUCGAAAGGAGACAAGACUAAUCAUACCCCACAAGUGUUGUGUGUUUGUGUGAUAAUAAUUUUAGGUUGAAGUAAUCAUGUGAGAGUCAAGUGAAGUGUGAAGUGUUAUCUUCAAAGCUCUAACCAUGGAGGCACCAUUACUAAUGAGAGAGUCAAGUCCUCCAACAGAAUCUGAUGAUUACCUGGAAGUGAAGAACUUGAAGGAUGCAAAAUUUGUGUUGUGCAGUGAGACAGUGAAGUUAUGGAAGAUUGCAGGGCCAGUGGCACUCUCCUCACUCUUUCAGUUUCUCACAGUUUCUUCACUCAACAUCUAUGCUGGUCACCUUGGAGACAUUGUUCUAUCUUCCAUCUCUCUUUACCUUGGUGUCAUAUCCUCCUUUUAUUAUAAUUUCUUGUUUGGCAUGUCAUCAGCACUGCUAACACUAUGUGGACAAGCUUAUGGAGCAGGACAAGUUAAAUCCACUGGAAUCUAUCUCCAAAGAUCAUGGAUUGUGCUAACUAUGAGCUGCAUAAUCCUCUUACCAACUCACAUUUAUGCAACUCCAAUCUUAGAGUUCCUUGGCCAAGACAAAGAAAUAUCAGAGCUUGCUGGAAACUAUGCAUUGAAAGCAAUUCCAUCCAUGUUCUCCUUUGCUUUCAUACUCCCCACACAAAGAUUCCUUCAAGCUCAAAGCAAGGUUAUGGUGAUAACAUGCAUAACAUUUGUGGCCCUACUUGUACAAAAUUUGCUUCUUUAUGUCUUCAUCUAUGGAUUUGAUUGGGGCUCAACAGGGUUGGCUAUGGCUCAUAGUGUCUCACAUUGGGUUCUUGCUUUGGCUCUUGUUGUGUAUGCUUCUUGUUGGUGUAAGGAAGGUUGGAGUGGUUAUUCUUUCUUGGCUUUCAAAGAUUUGUUGCCAUUUACUUGGCUAAGUCUUUCUUUAUCUGUUAUGACAUGCUUGGAGCAAUGGUAUUCUACUUUCAUUGUCCUUCUUGCUGGUCACUUAGACAACCCUGUUAUUGCUCUUGCUUCCUAUUCUAUUUGCACCAAUAUUCAGGGUUGGUACUUGAUGCUGCUACUUGGAAUAAGCACUGCCAUAAGUGUUCGAGUGUCCAAUACGCUUGGCAUGUCACAUCCAAGAGCAGCAAGAUACUCAUUCAUUGUGACAAUGUGUGAAUCUCUCAUCAUUGGAAUUUCAUUCAUGAGUGUUGUUUUGUUGUGUAAACAAAACCUUGCCAUGAUCUUCACCAACAGUGAGGAUUUGAUCAGAGCAGUGGCUGAUUUAGCUUACCUUCUUGCUCUAACCAUGCUUCUUAGUAGUGUUUCACAAGUCAUAUCAGGUGUUGCAAUUGGAAGUGGAUGGCAGGUGAUGAUUGGAUACAUAAACUUGGCAUGUUAUUAUAUUGUUGGACUCUCUCUUGGCUAUUUUCUUGGUUUCAAUUACCAUGUGGGACUUAAGGGUCUGUGGGGUGGCACACAGUGCGGUAGUGUCAUUCAAAUAUUUGUCCUUAUACUAAUUAUUUGGAAGACCAACUGGACCAAGGAGGUGGAACAAACAGCUAACCGAAUGAGAAUAUGGGGCUCUAGCAACCACCACAAGGAGAUGAUGGCUAUAUAA